GGCGGGACGGAGAAGACAUUCUUCUUCUCCUCCUCCUCCUCGCCUCGCCUUCCGCCUCCCCAACCCGGCCGCGAGCGCGCGCGCGCGACAUGCACCCCACGUUCGCGCGCGGCUUAAAUUAGGCAGGCGGCCCGCUCCUCCUCCUUUUUAAAUUUUUUUUUUCUACUUCUUCCUCUUCCUCUUCCUCUUCUUGUUCUUCCACAACGCCGGCCGGCCGUGCGUGCGUGCGUGGCAGCAAAGUAGUGCGCGCCAUGUCUGUCUCUCUCGCCUAGCUGGAUUUGAUUUUUGUGUUUCUUCUUGCUUGAUUGGUUUGCUGGCCCUGUCUUGCUCCGAGGCGCGAGCGUCUGUGUUUUGGUGGUUUGUUUGUGCGUGGUGCGCGCGUUCCGGCGAGGCGACGGUGGUGGCUUGGUUUCCUUGCUCUGACGUAGCUCUUCGUGUGGCGGCGGCGGGAGGUGAGGAGGCGCGGCGGCGGCGGCGGCGGUGAGCGAACGGCGGGUGCCACGCGCCAACGCCUUGCGCGCCAAGCUCGAGGCGGUGGGCUGGGUGAUGGUGCGGUUCCUCCGGCGCCAUAGCCUCGACAAGAACAGCGCGCACUCGCACUACCACCGCCAGCAGCAGCAGCAGAACAGCCACGAGAGCAACAGAAGCAGCGACACGGCGGAGAUGAAUGAGCCUCAGGGCAAUGGCGGCGGCGGCGGCACUCCCCCGCUACCCAACGGGAGAGCGGCCGCCAGCGGGCCGCGCUCACGGCUCGCCCGCGACGGGCCGCCCUCCGAUUUGGACGUGCUGAAGGAGAAGUUCGCGAAGCUCCUGCUCGGGGAGGACAUGUCCGGCACCGGCAAGGGCGUCUCCUCGGCGCUGGCGCUGUCGAACGCCGUCACGAACCUGGCAGCGUCCGUGUUCGGCGAGCACCGCAAGCUGGAGCCGAUGGCGCCGGACACCAAGGAGCGGUGGAAGAGGGAGGUCGGGUGGCUCCUCUCCGUCACCGACCACAUCGUCGAGUUCGUCCCCACCCGGCAGACCGCCGAGAACGGCACCACCAUGGAGAUCAUGUCGACCGCGCAGCGCCGCGACCUCCAGAUGAACAUCCCUGCUCUCCGCAAGCUCGACGCCAUGCUCAUCGGGUACAUGGACAACUUCGUGGACCAGAGCGAGUUCUGGUACGAGAAGGGAGGGGACAACAAGAGGGACGACGACAAGUGGUGGAUGCCGACGGUGAAGGUGCCGGCGGAGGGGCUGUCGGAGGUGACGAGGAAGUGGCUGCAGUACCAGAAGGAGUGCGUGAACCAGGUGCUGAAGGCGGCCAUGGCGAUCAACGCGCAGGUGCUGGUGGAGAUGGAGAUCCCCGAGGUGUACAUCGAGUCGCUGCCCAAGAAGGGGAAGACCAGCCUCGGCGACGCCAUCUACCGGAGCAUCACCGACGAGGAGUUCGACCCGCUGGAGUUCCUGGAGGGGAUGGACCUGUCGACGGAGCACAAGGUGCUCGACCUCAAGAACCGCAUCGAGGCCUCCACCAUCAUCUGGAAGCGCAAGAUGCAGACCAAGCAGGAGGCCAAGUCCUCCUGGGGCUCCAUCAUCAGCUUCGAGAAGCGCGAGCAGUUCGAGGAGCGCGCCGAGACCAUCCUCCACCUCCUCAAGCUCCAGUUCCCCGGCACCCCGCAGUCCCAGCUCGACAUCUCCAAGAUCCAAUACAACCGGGACGUGGGGUACGCGCUACUGGAGAGCUACUCGAGGGUGCUGGAGAGCCUGGCGUACAGCGUGAUGUCGAGGAUCGAGGACGUGCUGGGCGCGGACGCGGCGGCGCAGAACCUGACGGCGACGGAGGCGGCGAGGAGGGUGAUGGAGGGGGACGCGCCGAGGAAGCUGGACGCCAAGGAGGAGCUGGAGAAGCUCAACGAGGCUCCGGCGUCCAUGACGCUCUACGACUUCAUGGGCUGGCACUUCGACCAGGACGAGCUCAUGAGGAAGAAGGAAGAGGGCACCCUCGACGAGGCCGGCGAGGCCAAGCUCAAGAAGGCGCCCAGCCUCGCCCCCAAGAAGUUCUCCUACGUCGAAAGCCUCUCCGCCGGCGGCAUGAGGAGCCCCUCCGCUCGCCACUGACCACCACCAUUCUCACAAAUAUGAUCGCAACCAAUCUCCAUCGCCCCGCCACGCGCCGGAGCCGGAGAAGACGACGGCGCCGCCGCCGCCGCUUUGCUUUCUUGCACGUUGUACAUAACCGACGGACACUACGGCACUAGAGAUCAACGACGAACACGACGAGAUCAGCUUGCCUUCACUUCACUCUCUACUUAAUCUCUUCCUCCUACCAAAGCCAAUCCAAUGCUGGUGGUAAUUCCUAUUUUGAUUAAUUUCUUUUCUCCCUAACCCCUUCCUCUCUAUUGAAUAUGAGUUUUUUACCGUCCUUGAAAAAGUAUCUCAAAAUACUUGUAUCUUGAGAUAUCAAAAAUUUAUAUUAAAGUUAUUGGAACCUUAAGAUAUUUUUCAAGAACGAUAAAAAAGCCAUUGCAUAUAGAAGAGAGGGGGGUUAGAAGAACAAAGGUGAUCAGUUCAUCUGCCAUGCUUGAACUAGUACGUGGAUUGCUCCGACUAGUCCCGAAUUCCAUCUUCUCCGGAAGAAAGGAAACGAUGAACUCUUUUGUGGUGUAUGUAAUGUAACUGGGUGGACGGGGAACAUACACUGUAUUAAUUCUUUCAUUUGUUUCAAGCUAAUCUUUUUUUGUUACUAGUUCUGAAUGCUUUUGGUUCUUGUCAAGACUCAAGCCGCACUGUAAUUACUAUAGAUUAUUGUUGCAAUUUGUACUGCCAAAAGCACGUUAAGAUUGAACGGUAAGAGGGACAGCCUCAGCAAACAGAGCAGUGGGAAAUUUGAGUGAACACAUCAUAUCAUAUUCAGCACAAUCUAUGCACAAUCAAAAUAAACAAUGUAGCGGGGUAAAAAAGGUGUGGAAUUUUGUAAUUUCCAUAUGUCAUAAUAAUAAGUUCAU